AGGAGAAAACACUUCUUUGCUUCCAGAAAUUUUCAGAGACCACACCCGGCUUUCUCAGCAGCCAGGCACUCUUACGGGCGCUGGCUGAGAUGAACCUCACGCCAAAGACCUUCAGAGAGAAGCGCCUGAUGAAAGAGGUGCAAGAACUGGUGAUCAAGCUGUAUCGCAAAGAGGAGACUGCCGUGCGACGGGUCCUGGAGAAUCCGCUUACGGCCAAAAAGGGUGGCUGGCUCUUGGAAGAAUUCAUGGCCAUGACUGCCACCUACAAGGAGCUUAUGCGAGUGGAGCAGCUGGAGGUGGACCAGGCCUUGGCGGAUGAAAACGGCUGUGAGCUGGCGGUGAUCAUUGAUUUCCGGCAGGUGUACAAUGAGUCGAAGUCUCAAGAUUCCUUGGUGGUGAAGGACCUCCUAGGGAUCUUGGCCAAGGUUGGCAUCCGAAACCCAACGGACAAGGAGCUGGCGGCCUUGCUGAAUGUCUCCUUGGGAAAGAACAUGGAGUUGAGUCGUCACCAGAAGAUCUCCUUUGAUGACUUUAUUCCGCUGAUGAUGAGGGUCCAGACGAUGCUCGCGCAACUCUAUGGUGACCCAGUUGAUGUUGAGGAAUCGGAGACAUGAAGAGUCGAAAAACCGCCAAUGAUCGUCGCGAAGAGCGCGGCAGCGGUUGUGAACGCGAUCACGGGCGCUUGAUGGCGCUCUGGUCUUCUUUCAGGUUCGGCCUUUGAUCGAUCCUGACUCUCCCCGAUUCAGCUCAGUCUCAAAAUCUGUGAAACUCGCUCUCCCCGACACAGCUUUUGAAGAUAUGUC